UUCCUAACCUAAAUCGGUACAUCCAAUAGACUUAAAUCGGUAGGUCGGCGGAAAAAUUGGGAAAAUGAUGACAAUAAUCCAGAAUAACCAGUCAUGUUUACUCCCAAUACUCUCUACCAUGUUUUACUCUACCAGGAAUUGCAGUAGUAAACAUUUAUCUUCGAAUUCAAUUAGAAAAAUAUUUUUUGAUUAUUUCAUUAAAGAAAAUGGUCAUAAAUUUGUAAAGUCUAGCCCGGUUGUACCAUACUGUGAUCCCACUGUAGCGUUUGUAAAUGCAGGAAUGAAUCAAUUUAAAGGCAUUUUGCUUGGCAACCAAAAACCUCAAUUUACAAGAGUGGCAAAUUCUCAGAAAUGUAUUAGAGUAGGUGGAAAACAUAAUGAUUUAAGUAUUGUAGGAACUGAUGGGUACCAUCAUACAUUCUUUGAAAUGUUAGGAAAUUGGUCAUUUGGUGACUACUUUAAGCCUGAAGCAUGUAAAUUGGCAUGGGAUCUUCUUACAAAAGUUUAUAAAUUGCCCAAAGAAAGACUCUAUGUUACAUAUUUUAAAGGAAAUAAAACAUUGGGUUUAGAGGAAGAUUUAGAAACAAAAGAAAUUUGGCGGCAAAUAGGUGUGCCUGAAGAUCGAAUUCUACCUUUUAGUCUAAAAGACAACUUUUGGGAAAUGGGUCUAGUAGGACCAUGUGGUCCGUGCACAGAAAUUCACUAUGAUCAUAUUGGAAAUACAAAUAGAGCUGGAUUUGUUAAUAAAGACUUACCUGAUCUAGUCGAAAUUUGGAAUAUAGUUUUUAUCGAAUAUAAUAGGUUAUCUGAUGGCAGCAUUUCGAAACUUCCUCAAAAACAUGUAGAUACAGGCAUGGGCUUUGAAAGAAUUACAUCAGUUUUGCAAGGAGAAAUCAGUAAUUACGAAACUGAUAACUUUAGUUAUUUACUAAAGGCUAUCACAAAGAAUUGUAGGGGUAUACCUGAUUAUUCAAAUCUCUUUGGUGAACAAGACCUGAAUGAUUUAAAUAAGUCAUAUAGAAUACUAGCUGAUCAUACUAGAAUGAUAACUGUGGCAUUAGCUGAUGGUAUGAUACCUGAAGAGAACCAGAAACUAAGAAGAAUCAUGAGAAAGGUUUUCCUUCUGAGUGAAACGGUAUUUAAAAAAGAAGCUGGCCUAUUAAGAGAACUAACAAAUUAUGUUGUCGAUGAGUUAGGCUCAGUAUAUCCGGAAUUGGAGAAAAAUAUUUUUCAGGUUCAUCAAAUUAUAAACUACGAAGAAGAUGUGUACAAAUAUCUGCGGCAAUCCGCAUCGAAAGACUGGCAAAAAUGUGUAACAGAAAAUCCGAAAUUACUGGAGCUCGACGUUAUCGAAACCCGUAACUUUGCUAGUGCCUACAAAGAUAUAGCCUCUAGUUUAUCCAACGAAAUAGAUGCCAAGACUGCUUUUACACUUUACGAUACUCACGGAUUAGACGAGGAGAACAUCACAAAACUAGCAAAAGCUCUUAAUCUUAGAUUUAAUGUAGAUAGUUUUAAUAAAGAAUUAGAACUGGCGAAACUGAAUUCUAAAAAGAAUAGCGUGAUACAGAAUUCAGAAAUUUAUUCUUACUUAACAGAGAUGGCGAUUCCAAAAACGGAUGAUAUGUACAAAUAUAAUUACUCGAAAAAAGACUGUGGAUAUGUUUUUCCAGAAAUUCAAACAAAAAUCUUGAAAAUAUUUAAAAACGCUCAGAGUAUAGAUAAAAUUAGUGAGGGUGAACAUUGUUCCCUACUUUUAAAUCAAACAAAUCUAUACAGCGAAGCCGGAGGUCAAAUAUCCGAUAAAGGAAAGAUAAUUUUUCAUAACGGGUUAUUCGAAAUCGAAUCUUUAGAAAAUUUAAACGGAUAUAUUCUUCAUAAAGGAAAAUUUAAAUCAAACAAUUCUGGAUCUAAUGAACAUUUAAAGUGUUUAUCCACUGGAACAAUUGAAAUAGAUCCAACUUCUAGACUGUCUUGUAUGCGUAACCAUACCAGUGCGCAUCUUUUGAACGCAGCUUUAAAGAAAGCCAAAGUUGCCACUUGUCAGAAGUCGAGUAAAGUCACCGAUCAGUUCUUAAACUUCGAUGUCGCCAUAUUUGGAGACAAGUUGUCUAAAGAAGAGCUUGAACAAGUGGAAAAAGACAUUUUAGCGGUCAUUAAAAGGGGAGAUACUGUAAAUACAACUAAUAUUAAUAGUCAGGAUUUGUUACAUUUGCCCAAUGUUACUGUUAUUCCAGGAGAGAUUUAUCCUGAAAACGGGAUUAGAUUGAUUGAGAUUAGUAGUGGUGGUCUGAUAUCUAGGGAACCAUGUUGUGGUACACAUGUUCUAAAUACAGCAGAUAUAGAAGAUUUCUGCAUAACUAAUAUAAAAUCUUUAGGAAGAAGUACUUCAUCGUUGACAGCUGUGACGGGUGAAAGGGCACAGUUAGUGAGGCGUAAUGGUACUCAAUUAGUGGAACAGAUAGAGGCGUUUUCAAAACAUGUUGAUGAUAAUAUGGAUAAGCAACCAAUACUCGAUAAAUUACUUACAAAUCUAAGAUCACAAUUAAAUAAUUCUGGAGAUCUUCCGGUCACCACCAAAGUAAAAUGUAGUGAUAAACUUGAUAUGAUUAGUAGGAAAAUACAGCAUGCCGAAACGGAAAUACUCAAGGACUUUAUAGAGAUGGAGAUGCAGAGUGCUCUAGAUACGAAUAUCCGGAUAACAAAGAAUGACAACAAAUAUUUAGUUCAUUAUUUAAGAUGUUCGGUUAUGCUCGAAAAAGUACAGUUACUUAAAGCAACACGAUUAUGUCCAGAUUAUCCAAUCUUAGUCAUAGCCUACGCCGAUAAUACUGUCAAAGCAAGAUGCUGUGUUCCCAAGAACUUCAAGACUGAUGACUUUAACGCCGAAAAAUGGAUGAAUGAAACCGUAGCUUUAGUAUUCAAAAGUCGUGCAGCUCCUCCUAAAGGCCAAGACGGGACUUUGGUGUGCAAUAUGAAAGCAAAAAAGGUGCCAGUGCAAGAGUGGGACCCCCUUCUCAGAGCCAGCAUAAAACAAGCUCAAGAAUUUAUAGAAAGACAUUUAUGAAAAUAGUGAAUGAAACUUUUAAAGUUUUAUUCUCUCUCUUGAAUUGUAUAUUAAGACUAUUUUUUCUAAACGGUGCAAACAAUUUUUUAAAACAUGUUGAAAUUGUAUCAAUAUUCUAACAGCAUGCUACCACAUAAAUAUAGAAAAUUAAA